AUGGCGGCUCGUGCUCGGGAUUGGGCAAACGGCGGGGGCGGCGGGGCAGAAGCUGGGGGCGGCAGGACGGGCACGUCGAGUGCUCGGGCGGGAUGCGACGGCGGGCGCGGGGGAGAACGCUACGCCGAGCGCGACCGCAUUGGCGGCUCGCACUCGGGGAUGGGCAGACGGCAGGGUGGAGGAAGCGGCUCCGAGCGAGACCGCAUUGGCGGCUCGCGCUCGGGGCCAGGCAAACAGCAGGGGCGAAGCUGGGGGCGGCGGGACGGGCACUCCGAGAGCUCGGGGCGGGGUGCGACGGCGGGCGCGGGGGAGAACGCUACGCCGAGCGCGACCACAUUGGCGGCUCGCACUCGGGGAUGGGCAGACGGCAGAGGUGGGAGCUGCACCGAGCGAGACCGCGUUGGCGGCUCUCCCUCGGACAGGGGCAGCGGGUGGAAGCUGAGGACGGCGGAGCGAGCACUGCAAGUGUCGAGGCGGGAUGCGACGGCGGGGACUUGCACGACGUGCGCACUUGCAAGCGCGGCGCUAGGCGCACUCUUGCCAGCGCGGUGGGCUGAGAACUGGCUGAGAUGA